AUGGCUUCUGCAGCCUCUUCAACACUUAUCACAUCUUUGGCAGAAGAGAAAACAGUGGAAUCGAGAUUCAUCAGGGAUGAAGAUGAGCGUCCAAAAGUUGCUCACAAUCAAUUCAGCGAUGAAAUCCCAAUUAUUUCAUUAAAGGGUCUUGAUGGUGAUGAUGGUCAACGCGCUGAGAUUCGUACGAAGAUGGCUGAAGCACUUGAAGAUUGGGGGGUUUUUCAGGUUGUUGAUCAUGGGGUUGAUGAUGAACUCAUCUCAUAUAUGGUCCGACUUUCUAAUGCAUUUUUCGCUCUUCCCCCUCAAGGUAAGCUCCGAUUCGAAAUGUCAGGCGGCAACAAAGGCGGGUUCUUUGUUUCUAGCCAUUUUCGUGGACAAGCAGUGCAAAAUUGGCGUGAGGCUUUAAGUUAUUAUACCUAUCCAAUUGGGACGAGAGAUUACUCAAAAUGGCCAGAUAAACCACAAGGAUGGAAGGACGUGACAGAAAUUUACAGUGAGAAAUUAAUGGAGUUAGCUCGGAAGUUGAUGGAGGUUUUAUCAGAGGCAAUGGAGUUGGAUAAAGAAGCCAUUGCUAAAGCUUGUAUGGAAAUGGAGCAAAUAGUGAUAGUUAAUUUUUACCCCAAAUGUUCACAGCCCAACCUCACAUUGGGCAUUAAACGCCACACUGAUCCAGGAACUCUUACCAUUUUGUGGCAAGAUCAAGUCGGUGGGCUUCAGGUGACUAAAGAUGGUGGGAAAACUUGGAUCACUGUUCGGCCCGUUAAAGGUGCUUUCGUUGUUAACCUUGGUGAUCAUGGACACUAUCUGAGCAAUGGGAGGUUCAAAAACGCAAUUCACCAGGCGGUAGUGAACUCAAACUGCAGCAGGUUGUCUAUAGCCACACUUCAGUAUCCAGCACCGGAGGCAAUUGUAUAUCCAUUGAAAAUUGAGGAAGGUGAAAAUGCGGUUUUGGAUGAGCCAAUGUCCUUUUCCGAGAUGUACAAAAAGUCCAUUGAGCUUGCAAAGCUGAAGAAGUUCGGCUGA